AUGACUGGCAAGGCAGCUGAAAAGGUAACCAGUAUAUAUCGUCAUCCUACUAUAGAAAACUUCAUUGACAUAGUUGUCGUUAAAUUAUUAUUAUUAGAAUCUACACAGGUAGGACCUCCAGUUAGUGCCAAUGCUGCUAAAACAUUAAAAGACUUUUGUCGUUGGCAAGGAGAAAAUAAUGAACCUACGGAUAGUCCAGGUCAUCAUGACACUGCCAUUUUAUUAACUAGACGAGAUAUAUGUAGAGCAGAAGGUAAAUGUGAUACUUUAGGUUUAGCUGAAUUGGGAACAAUUUGUGAUCCUGUAAGAAGUUGUUCUAUUAUAGAAGACAAUGGAAUAAGUGCAGCUUAUACUGUUGCUCAUGAACUUGGUCAUGUAUUUUCUCUACCUCAUGAUGAUGAUAUUCAAUGUAAAGGAUUUAGAGGUCGUAGAAUUGGUAAAAAAUAUCAUGUUAUGGCUCCAACAUUAGAUUAUAAUGCUAGCCCCUGGGAUUGGUCCUAUUGCAGUGCCAAAUUAUUAACCCAAUUUAUUGAUGCAGGUCUUGCUGAAUGUCUCUUAGAUCCUCCCAAAGUUCGUAAAUAUGUGAAAAUGGUGGAUGAUAAUCACCUUAAAGCACCAGGUCGGCUGUACACUGUAGAAAGACAAUGUGAACUGGUAUUUGGUGAACAAUACUCAAUUUGUCCCUGGCAUUCAAUGGGAAGUUGUGAAAGAUUAUGGUGUACCAAUAAAACUAAUUCAUCUUCUGGUUGUCGAACAAAACAUAUGCCCUGGGCAGACGGUACCAAGUGUGGCAGUAGAAUGUGGUGUAAACGUGGUAAAUGUGUACCUAUGUCUGCUAGUCAAAUGGGACCAGCUGUAGAUGGUAGUUGGGGAGAUUGGGAGAAAUAUGGACUUUGCUCUAGAAGUUGUGGUGGUGGUGUGAAAUUUAAAAUCAGACAUUGUAACAAUCCAACGCCAUCCAACCUAGGAAAAUAUUGUCUUGGUAAAAGAAAGAAGUAUAAAUCUUGUAACACUAAGCCAUGUCCGCCUAUCGUAGUUGAUUUCCGUGAAGAACAAUGUAACAAUGCUAGUCAAAAAAUUCAUAUUAAUGGAUUACCACCAAAUGCUAAAUGGGUUCCAAAAUAUUCAGGGGUACAAAUGAAGGAUGCAUGUAAACUAUUCUGUCGAACUGAUCAAGGUUCAGCAUAUUAUGAACUAGAUGAUAAAGUUAUUGAUGGAACUAAAUGUUUUGCUCUGGAAGAUGAUAUCUGUGUAAAUGGCAAAUGUCGAGCUGCAGGCUGUGAUAAUCGUCUAGGAUCUCAAAUGAAACGUGAUCAAUGUGGUGUUUGUGGGGGAGAUAACUCUUCGUGUAAAACUAUAAGAGGGACAUAUAAUAAUGCUAUCUAUGGUUAUAAUAGAAUAUUAACUAUACCAAGUGGUGCUACAGAUAUUGAUAUUAGACAAGUUGGACAUCGAAACUCUAAAGAUGAUGACAACUAUUUAUCUAUCAGUAAUGCUAAAGGGAAGUAUAUAUUAAAUGGUGGAUUUGUAGUACGUACUGAAAAGUUUACUAUUAAAGUACAGAGUGGUGUAUUAGAUUACAGUGGAUCCAGUGCCUAUGUUGAACAUAUUAAUUCUACCAGAAUGAUAGGAGAAUCUAUUACCAUAUUUGUAUUGUCCGUUGGUCAACUCAAUCCACCCAAUAUAACAUACACCUAUAAAAUAUCAGUAGGACCUAAUGUACAGUAUAGAUGGAGUAAUGAAGGCCAAUGGAGAAAAUGUUCUAGAAUCUGUCAAGGUACACGUAAAAGAAAGAUAGUAUGUAUAAGAGAAGAUGAUAGAUUAAGUGUAUCUAAAAGAAGAUGUCGUGGUAAACCUAGACCAGAACGAAUGAUAGAGAAAUGUAACACAAAUUGUGAAGUUUCUUGGAGAGCAGUAGAUCAAGAAGAAUGUCCAGUGAGAUGUGGUACAGCUUUAAGAAGACAAUUUGUUAACUGUAUUAAACAAACGUCAUCAGAAGUAACUGAUAUAGAUGAUAGACACUGUCGCCAUCUAGGAGCUAAACCGAAUGACUAUGUAGAAUGUCAUGGAGAAUGUUUGCCCACAACUUGGACUUAUACUCUCUGGUCAGCUUGUAGUGUAACUUGUGGAACUGGUAAACAGUAUCGUCAAGCUAAAUGUGUUGAUGAAGCUGGUAAAGACCUACCAGAACAUGAGUGUUAUGUUAAAGAUAAGAAGAUUGUUCAAGUCUGUUUUAAACCAGAAUGUACUUACUGGGAAACUGGAGACUAUACCGGGUGUACAGUUACUUGUGGACGUGGUAAGAGACAUCGUAAGAUCUGGUGUAGUAAGAAAGGUGAAAUGGUCAGUGAUAAUCUGUGUGAUAGAACUCAACGACCUCAUCCUACCAAAGAAUGUUUUAUGGGAGAAUGUCCAGAAUGGUUUAUUGGUGGUUGGGGAAUAUGUUCUGUAUCAUGUGGUAAAGGUCAUAAAGAAAGAGCUGUAAAAUGUCGUCUGAAAGAAGUUCUACAGGAUGACAGUGUUUGUGAUGCUAGUAAACGUCCUGUUGAUAGACAGCCAUGUUAUCGUGAAGGGUGUGGAACUACAGUUGGUCUACCUAUACAAGAAAAAACAACUCUUUAUCCUCAACAAGCUUACUGGAGAUUUGGAAGUUGGACAGAGUGUUCAUCAAGUUGUGGUACAGGAUCUAGAGAUAGAUUUGUGAGCUGUAUGGAUUAUCAUAAUAGAAGGAUUAAAGAUGAGAAAUGUAGUCAUCUUCCCAAACCAGCUAGUCAUGAGAGCUGUUUUCUUACACCCUGUGGUCAUUGGAAGACUGGUGACUGGACUGAGUGUACAGUAACAUGUGGUGAAGGUAUUAGAAAGAGACAAGUAAAAUGUAUGUUAUUUGGUGAUGUUGUAACUGAUGAUGAUCAAUGUGACUUAUCCUCUAAACCUCUACAACAAUUUCACUGUAACCGAGAAGAUUGUACAGUCAAAGAAUCAGAUAAGGAGGAAGACUUUGCCAUAGCUGUUAUAACUAGUAAUGAUGUUGAUGGUACAAGUCAUUAUAGAGUUGGUCCAUGGAGUCCUUGUUCUGUAACUUGUGGUACUGGAUGGCAGAGAAGACAAGUGGUAUGCCGUGAUGAAAACGGUCCCAGUAAAGAUUGUGAUGAAUCAGUGAAACCAGAUAAAAUACAGAAUUGUGAAACUAUACCAUGUCCUAAAUGGCAGGUAGAAGACUGGUCAGAGUGUUCAGCAGAAUGUGGAGCUAAAGGAGAACAGACAAGAGAAGUGAGAUGUAAACUAGAAAAUAAACAGAUUUUACCCAAUAUCAACUGUGAUAUCAAACUACGGCCAUCAGAUACUAGAUUAUGUAGUGGUACUUGUACUAGUGGUUCAUAUCAUUGGCAUGUUGGAUCCUGGUCCACGUGUAGUGUAACAUGUGGACGUGGACAACGACAUCGUACAGUAGCUUGUGUUGAUCCAGAUGGGAAUGAACAUCAUACUUCUUUAUGUCCUAAGAAGAAACCACGUAAUACUAAACGAUGUUUCCGUGGAUUCUGUCCUAGAUGGUAUUCUGGAAGCUGGAGUAAGUGUUCUGUUACUUGUGGAAAUGGUAUUAGAGAAAGAGAAGUAUUGUGUCGAGAUAACAGAAGAAACAGAAGACGUAUUCUAGACCCAUCACUCUGUGCUGGAAAACAGAAACCACCAACUAGAUCAAACUGUCACAGAAAACCAUGCUCAGAAUUUAUUUGGAAGGUUGAAAAGUGGAGUGAGUGUUCUAAAACAUGCGGCUUUGGUCGUAAAGAAAGAGAUGUAAACUGUGUUGAUCGUCAAGGUCAACCUGUGACCUCUCACCUCUGUGAUAGUGAAAGUAAACCUAAAGUCAGACGUAGAUGUAGUGAAUUUCCUUGUCCUUAUAUUUGGAAUGCUGGACCAUGGUCUGAGUGCUCCUCAAAAUGUGGACAAGGUCAUCAGUCACGUAUUGUGGUAUGUCAAGCUGUUACUAAGGAAGGUUGGAUUCUACCAGGAGAGGUGAAGAAUAAAUGUGAACUCAAACAUCGUCCUACCACUUAUCAAUAUUGUAAUUUUGGAGAAUGUAAUGCCAAAUAUCGUUGGAGAGUUGGUCCCUGGGGAGAGUGUUCAGCCAAAUGUGGAACUGGUAAACAGAGAAGAAUGACUAUUUGUGUUGAUAAAUUUAACAAUAAAAAAUCACGAAGACGUUGUGAUAUGCGAUAUAAACCACCUUCAUCUCAAAACUGUUACACAAAUCCAUGUUAUGCUAGAUCAUGUAAAGAAUUAAAAGACUUAACCACUAUAAGAAAAGAUGGUGAUUAUAGAAUAUUACUAAAUUCACAAUUAGUCUCAAUAUACUGUAAAGAUAUGCGUAAACCGACACCUAUAGAAUAUUUGUCUCUACAAGAAUCAGCUGAUGAUAAUUAUGCCGAAGUUUAUGGCCAAAGACUACGUCGACCUGGUAAAUGUCCUUACAAUGGAACACGAAUAGAUGAUGUAAACAUUGUCCUGAAGAUAAUACAUUUAGUGUUUGUGAUAAUAACUCAAGAUAGUACAUUUAGUGUUAGUGAUAAUAAUAAAUUUGUACCAUAUGGGUCAUCAGGUGAUUGUUACAGUUCACAUGAUUGUCCACAGGGUCGAUUUAAUAUCAACCUGGUAAAUACAGGUUUCAUUGUCUCAGUAAAUACAACAUGGAUAUUACACGGUAGUAAAGCUUCUCAACGUAUCUGGAGAUUACGAGAUGGAGAAAUUAUUAAAGGUAUAUGUGGUGGUUAUUGUGGAAGAUGUUCCCCUGAUGCAGACUCGGGUUUACAAUUACAACUGAGACCAUAG